GAAGAACCUUUAGUAUUUCUUAUUAAUUUUACAUGAUAUGGUUGUUUUAAUUUCCCCUUUUCGGGUUGAUCUUCAGUGUUACGUCAGACUUCUGGACCACACUCAUCUAUCCUGUAUUCAAAACUCGCCAAAAUAAAACACGAGAUGAGAUGCUGUGCACCAUCAUGUGGUGAAUGGUGGAACAACACAAGUGAAAAGUGUGGGUCGAUCAGCACAUUUCCACCUCCACCUUUAGAGAAAAUGUUACUGCACUCAUAAAAACACAGUGCAGAAUAGAAGUGUAGACCAGAAUAUAAUAGAAUAGACUACAAUAUAAUAGAAUCAAAUAUAUUAGAGAAUAGAGCACAAUAGAAUAAAGUGGAGCAGCAUAGAUGAAAUAGAGCAGAACAUACUGUAAUAGAGCAUAACACAAUAAAAUAGAAUUAAUCAGAAUAAAAUAAAGUAGAAUAUAAUCAAGUAAAACAGAAUAUAAAAGAACAGAGUAGAAUAUAAUAGAAAAAAGACGAAUAUAUGGAUCAAUAGAUCAUAAUUUCAUAGAGCACAGUGUAAUAGAAUAAAGCAUAAUAUAAAAGAACACAAUAGAAAUGAGCAGUGUAAUAGAAUAGAUCUGCAAAGAAUUGAAGAGAGCAGAAUAUAAUAUAACAGUGCAAUAGAAUAGAAUAAAAGCAGAAGAGUAGAGCAGAAUAGAAUCAAGUAAAACAAGUAUAAUAGAAUACAGCAGAAUAAAAUAAUAGAGCACAAUAUAACAGAAUUGAGCAGAAUAUUAAAAAGCACAAUAGAGUAGAAUACAGCAGAAUAAAAUAAUAGAGCACAAUAUAACAGAAUUGAGCAGAAUAUUAAAAAGCACAAUAGAGUAGAUCUGCAUAGAAUUUAAUAGAGAAUAAUAUAACAGAAGAAAUGUGGCACAAUAGAGUAGAUCUGCAUAGAAUUGAAUAGAGCACAAUACAACGGAAUGGAGAAGAACGAAAGCAAAUAAAAAUCAAUAUAAUUGAACAGAACAGAAAAGAAUCAAAUGGAAUAGAGCAAAUCAUAAUAGAAUAGAACACAAUGGUAUUUCACCUUCUAUAUUACAUUCAUUUCAGAAUGGCUGUAUUAUUGCAUUUAUGUUUAUUUAGAUUCCGUUGCAUCUAUGAUAACGUAAAUGGACAGUUGUGAAGAGAUUCAGUUGUGUUCAGUCUGUAGGUCAGAUAAUUUGUCGUUUAAGUUGAAGUUGACGGAAAGCAAGCGCGAGCUGAUCCUUAAAGCGGCCUUUAAUGAGGAUGAUAGACAGAUCGACCUGCUCCGUCUGCUACAUUACGAGCACUGCUGUGGAGAAGGCGUCAUAUAAUGAAUAUUAACUAGGUAACAAGACGUUUGCGCAAUAUGGCUAACCGAUUGGCUGAAAGGAAACGAGGGAAGUGGGCGCUAGCCAAUGAAACUUCAGUUCAUGAAUAUUAAUUAGGUACAUUCACUAGACGCUCGCAAAGCCUCUGGACGCUCCAGGAAGGUUACCAAGCAACGACGCUAUGACCUAAUUAAUAUUCAUGAGCUACGCCUUUUCCGUAGUAUGACUGGCCGCCGGUGUUGUGUUGUGUGUGGAUGUAGGUCACCAAACUAACACGCACCAGCUAUAUCACUUACAGCAGCUCCUGAUGGAAACACGUGUUUAAAGCACAGCGAAUAAACUCUACGAAAGCGUGAUAAGGAAUGUCUUGGAAUAAGUAUGUUGUUAGUGAGAAUGUCCCGGAGACUGAAGCCACGCCCCUCACGCCCCUCGGUCCAGAAGAGGGAUCUGUGGGAUCACAGUCGGAGGGCAGCUCUCCAGGGUACGAGCCGGUGACGGUGUGUGUGCCAGCGGAACUGCCGCCGGUGGUGCCAGUGACGGGCGAGUCCUUCUGCCAGUGUCCAGCUCAAACAGAGCUCAGCUCAGACGCCCAGAUCAGCCCCUACACCCUCAGCUGCACCUGCGGAGAGGAAGAACAGGGGUGUGAUUGGGUUUGGGACGAGGAGAGCAAAUCAUCCUCGGUGACUCUGAGCUGCUCUGAACGCAAGGUGAGCUUCCACUCGGAGUACAGCUGUGGAACCGCCGCCAUCAGAGGAGCCAAGCCUCUCAGAGACGGACAGCACUUCUGGGAAAUCAAGAUGACAUCUCCCGUCUACGGCACAGAUAUGAUGGUUGGUGUCGGGACAUCAGAAGUGAACCUGGAUCAGUUCAAACAUAGUUUCUGCAGUCUGUUGGGCACGGAUGGGGACAGCUGGGGUCUGUCCUACACAGGUCACCUACACCAUAAGGGGUCAAAGGUGAACUUUUCAUCACGGUUCGGUCAAGGGUCCAUAAUCGGGGUCCAUCUGGACAGCUGGCACGGCACCCUGAGCUUCUUUAAGAACCGCCGCUGCAUCGGCUUAGCAGCUACUCACUUGCAGAAUAAGCGUCUGUAUCCGAUGGUGUGUUCGACUGCGGCCAAGAGCAGCAUGAAGCUGAUCCGUUCACAUUCUGCGCCCACAACAUUACAGUACCUGUGCUGCACACAGCUGCGCAAAAUGCUGCCCAACUGCGCAGACGCUCUGCGGGUGCUGCCGCUGCCGCCGGGUCUGCGUCUGCUGCUGUCUCAGCAGCUGGGAUGGGUGCUGACCCUCGGCUGCGCAGACGCCUGCGCACACAACAGGGAAGACAAGGCCACACAAACAGAAGAUGGAGAUGUUGACGAAUACACAAGCCCGUUUCCUUCCCACAAUCCCUCUGACAACGAACGCGUCUUUAUUUUUAGCUCCUUCUCUGAUAACCCUGGUUCUUACCACGGUAAAGAUGAACCUCUUGAUUCUACUUCCUGUCCAGAUGAUGCGCAUUAUCAAGAUGGCGUCUCUAUAAUGGAUCUUACCUGUUACCUCGAUCCCUCCUCACCUUCUGACCUCUACUGUGGCUCCGCCCCCAGCCCUGAUCACAAUUCCAUUCCUGACCCUAAAUUUCAGCACAGAUCUGCUUCCUGUUCUUGCUGUGGCCCGCCGGUAUCUGUUUCCAGUGACGACUGUAAGGGAAGUGAAGCCAGUUCUGUGUGUAAACCGGAACACACCGGUUCUUGCAUUCUAUGCUCCUCCUACACUCCACCAGGCCACGCCUCCUUCUGGCCUGACUCCGCCUCUGAGAGUGGCUCGGACGGCUUCUCUGCAGAGCUAGAGAUGUACCAGAGGAAACGCUGCCGCUGGACGUGAAACACACAGUGUUUACAUGUAAAACACAGGUCAAAGGUCACAUUUAAUGGCAGAGUUACACUCACGUUGUUUCAAACUCAUUUAAGUAAGAAACUGUGAUUUUGUGCGAUUAUACAAUCGCAAAGACUGCUAUUUAAUUAACCUGUUAACUGUCACCGUCCCGUAAACGGGACGCCUAAAUUUACUUCACUAUAUUACAAUUAAAUCCUAAUCUAAUCAUGACAAACUAUGUAUCGUUGGAAAGGUCUAAGAAU